AUGGUUACGAGCAGCGAUCACGUCCAAGAAGAACAAAAAAGAUCAGAAAUUUACACAUACGAAGCACCAUGGCAGAUCUACGCGAUGAAUUGGAGUUUCCGUCGAGACCAGAAGUAUCGUCUCGCAAUCACCAGCCUCAUCGAGCAAUUCCCGAAUCAAGUUGAGAUUGUUCAGCUUGAUGAAUCAAACGGUUUGAUUCGAUCAGACCCUAAUCUCUGCUUCGAGCAUCCAUACCCACCAACGAAAACCAGUUUCAUACCCGACAAAGAAUGCCAAAGACCUGAUCUUCUCGCUACUUCAAGCGAUUUCUUACGUUUAUGGCGAAUCUCUGAUGAUCAAUCUCGUGUUGAGCUCAAGUCUUGUCUUAAUAGUGAUAAGAACAGUGAGUUUAGUGGUCCUCUUACUUCUUUUGAUUGGAAUGAAGCUGAGCCUAGACGUAUUGGGACUUCUAGUAUUGAUACGACUUGUACGAUUUGGGAUAUUGAACGUGAAGUUGUUGAUACUCAGCUUAUUGCUCAUGAUAAGGAAGUUUAUGACAUUGCUUGGGGUGGAGUUGGUGUUUUUGCUUCUGUUUCAGCUGAUGGAUCUGUUCGUGUAUUCGAUCNUCGUGAUAAAGAGCAUUCGACGAUUAUCUAUGAGAGUUCUGAGCCUAGUACUCCAUUGGUAAGACUUAGUUGGAACAAGCAAGAUCCGAGGUAUAUGGCUACUGUUAUCAUGGGGAGUUCCAAGAUUGUGGUGCUGGAUAUUCGGUUUCCGGCUCUUCCUGUUGUGGAGCUUCAACGACAUCAAGCAAGUGUCAAUGCUAUAGCUUGGGCUCCACAUAGCUCCUCGCAUAUCUGCACCGCCGGAGAUGAUUCUCAGGCGUUGAUUUGGGAUAUCUCUUCCGUGGGACAGCAUGUUGAAGGUGGUCUUGAUCCGAUUCUAGCUUAUACGGCUGGUGCUGAGAUUGAACAGCUUCAAUGGUCUUCUUCCCAGCCUGAUUGGGUUGCCAUUGCCUUCUCCAAUAAGCUGCAGAUUCUCAGGGUCUGA